AUGGCACUGCACCUAAAGACCAAAACCAACAUAAAUGGUACUGGGGCGUCUCAGAACUUAGAUGUUCCCGGCAUUGUGAAGGGUGUCAUCGAUGACAUCCGUGCUAAUGGCGAUCAGGCUGUUAGAAAAUACUCUGACAAGUUUGACAAAUGGACACCAAAAUCAUUUCUCUUAAAUAAGGGUCAGAUUGAGGAGAUUAUUUCAAAAGUUCCUCAGCAGACUAUUGCCGACAUUAAGACAGUUCAGUCGAAUGUUCGCACGUUCGCGUUGGCGCAAAAGGAGACCAUCAAGGACUUGGAAAUGGAGAUACAGCCUGGUGUGCAUCUUGGGCAUAAGAAUAUCCCCAUUGACUGUGUCGGAGCUUACAUCCCUGGAGGGCGGUAUCCUUUGCUCGCAUCCGCGCAUAUGACUAUCCUUACGGCAAAGGCGGCUGGCGUUCCAAAGGUCAUUGCGUGUACUCCCCCAAUCAACGGCGAAGUACCUCCAGCAACCAUAGCUGCCAUGUACUAUGCUGGUGCUGACGAGAUCUGGGUUCUCGGAGGAGUCCAGGCCAUAGCGGCUAUGGCUAUUGGCACUGAGACAAUGCAGAAGGUGGACUUCAUUGCUGGUCCAGGAAACGCCUUCGUUGCAGAGGCUAAGCGCCAGCUUUUUGGAGAAAUCGGCAUUGAUCUCCCGGCCGGGCCAACCGAGGUGUUGAUUGUCGCCGACGAAAAGGCAAAUCCGACGACCAUAGCAACAGAUCUCCUCUCCCAGGCUGAGCAUGGCCCGGACACACCGGCAGUCUUAAUCACAAAUUCCAAGGCAGUUGGCGAGGCCUCGCUCUUGGAAGUAUACCGCCUAUUAGACAUCCUCCCAACAAAGGGGAUAGCUUCUAUCUCAUGGGCUAAUUUUGGUGAGGUUAUCGUUGUUCCUUCGCUGGAUGAAGCCUAUCAGCUGGCAGACUUCUAUGCAAGCGAGCACGUCCAGAUUCUUACUGAAAGGCCCCGUGAGGCUCUCGUAAAGAUGAACAAUUACGGCGCUUUAUUUUUGGGAGACAUGACCUGUGUGUCUUACGGUGAUAAGUGCAUUGGUACAAACCAUGUCUUGCCUACGAAGAAAGCCGGUCGAUUUACUGGAGGCCUAUGGGUAGGUAAAUUCCUGAAGACUGUGACGUACCAGGAAGUCACGUCAGAGAAGGCCAGCGGCGAGCUUGGCAGACUGUGUGGCCGGGCUGCUCGUGCUGAGAAGUUCGAGGGCCACGCUCGCUCAGGCGAUCUUCGAGCCAGUUUGUACCUCAAGGACAAGUUUGAGUGGCUGUCGAACUAG